AAAUCAAAGUAGGUCAAGUCGGUUGUCGUGCGGGAAAGUUAUCAAAGUUACCAGGAUAAAAAGUAGAUUGCCCUUUUACAAGUUUAGAAAUCAUUAGAUAUGGAAGCCGAAUCGACAGAAAAACCGCCAGAGAAAGGUUCUGAAGGAGGCGUUUAUAAUUGUGGCGUGUGUAAAGAGAGUUUUGAAACGAAGGAAGCCAAGUUAUUUCCGUGUCUCCAUUCUUUCUGCAGGUCCUGUGUUGUUUCCGAACCAGAUAACUCUGUGAAGUGCCCACUUUGUUCCCAAGUGUUCCCGGUAAAUGAACUCACUGACAAUUUACUCGUGACAAAAAAGGUUCCUACAACCGAAGGAGGUGCUUCACCACACUCUGAAGAUAUAGGUCUCUGUACUGCUUGUGAGGAUAAUGCUGUACCUACAUCAUUCUGUGUUGAGUGUAACGAAUGGCUCUGUGAUGGAUGUGUCUCAGCACAUAGGCGUGUCAAGGUCACCAAAGACCACAACAUUCAGUCUAAGGAGGAAGCUUCCAGCAACAAAAACCAGAAAUCUCAAAGUAUCCAUUUGAUCUGUCCUGCUCACAGGGGUGAACAAUACCGGUUCUACUGCCAGGACUGUACCAAAUUAACAUGCCGGGACUGUCAGUUAGAAGACCAUAAGGGCCAUAGAUAUCUCACUAUCGAGGAAGCUACGGGCCAUCACAGAAACGACCUUAAGAAAUCAGUUGACAGAUUGAUUGAAAAGGGAAAGCACGUGAAUGAAGCACUGGAGCUUAUUAAAAGACGUCAUGAUGAGAUAGCUGACCGUGAAGUGGAAGUUACAACAAGUAUUAAGAACUUUGCUGUUCGUGCAAUUCAUGAGAUCAAUCACAGAGCGAAGACGAUUUUGAGCAACCUGCAAGAGAUCUCUCAAGUGAAGAAAAGCCAGUUGACAAAGAAACAAGUUGAGGUUCUGGACUUAAAGGUAAAAAUUGAUCAAGCUGUAAAAGUAGCACAGUUUGCCAUUAAAGAAUCUAGUGACACAGCAUUGUUGAGCAGUAGGCGUGUGAUGAUAACACAGAUUCGUAAGGUUCACAAAACCAUUGUGCAGGUCCCUAACCCACAACACAGAGUGGCCAUAAAUUUUGAAGUAGAUGAUAAUUUCAACAAUCAUAUCAAAUCAGCAGGUAAGAUAAUGGUGGAUGGUGUCGUAUACCCUGGUCCCGGUUAUGCUAUUAACAACCAAGGGCCACCCAACCCCGAUCCUGUCCAAGUUACCAACUCCACUUCAACUGUGACCCACCCAGUGUCAACAUCUUCGGUGAGCCAACAUGACCAGACAAGCAAACAAGUUGUUAGACAGAGACCCACGACCAGCACAGCCUCUAACCCACCUGGAACCACCCAGCAGGUACAGAAUCUACCAAACCUCACUAGGCAGCAGUUCCUACAACUCAAACCUGACCAACAAGCAUUCCUCCUGAGAAAAUACAAACAGGAAAAAGAGGAGCAGAAGCUGAGGCAAGCCAAUAGUUUAGUUAAACCCCUGGCACAAGCAGUUUCUCAAACUGUUGGAACAGUUGACACACAAAAGAUAAACCUCAUCCAGUUACAACAGCGGAGGAUAUUAGAACAACAAGUACAGAAGCAGCAGGAGCAACAACAACAGCUACAGCUGCAGGCAGAGAUUGAACAACUGAGGAAAAGCAACAUGGAGUUGCAGAAGAAGCAGGCACAGCAGGGAAACUUGGUCUCUUCUACAGUGCCACAUAAAGAAUCAACUGGGUCACAAGGAUUCACACCAAGGAAUUACAGCACACCAUCUCCCCAACCACAAGCCCCUAAGGCAGAGAGCCCUGAUAGUGCACAGUCAGGCAUAAAACCAAAGACAGAACGACUGUCAGUUGAUGAGCCACAAAUGGGCAUGAGGCUUCCUGUCAGCUUGAACCCCAGCAAUUACAAUCCUGAUGAUGAUGCAAGCACCCUCUAUAAUGAUCUCAAGAGGACAGAAAAACAAGACAAGGAUGAUACAAAAGAUCCUGUAGGAUCACAAACACAAAUGGAAGAAGAUUCCUCUACUGACACCAUUCCAUUCACUGAACAACCAAAGGUAGAAGAGAAUGCAGAACAGAAUGUACCACACAGCCAGAAUUCCGAUGACCCAAAUGAGGAUUACUGUGCUGUUUGUCACAAUGGAGGGGACCUGUUAUGUUGCGAAUUCUGCCCCAAAGUCUUCCAUUUAAAAUGCCAUGUUCCAGAACUGAAAGAAUUCCCCAAUCCUGAUAUUUCGUGGCGUUGCCCAUUGUGUCAUAGUGUGGAUGAGUUGAGAAUCACAGACACCAGUCCCAAGUCUGAGCUAACCGAGGGCACAAUGAAGAGAAAGGCUCCCGUAGGACUCAGUGACAAAGAGCUGAAGGUUUGUGAGAGGAUUCUCCUUGAACUCUUCUCUCAUGACCAGAGUACCCCUUUCCAUGAUCCAGUAGAUAGAUCGGUUCCAAACUACUACAAGAUUAUAACACAGCCUAUGGAUCUGACAAGCAUUAAAACUAAGUUGCGAAGAGGUCACUUUGACCAUUAUGACAGUGUAGAAACCUUCAUUGAAGAUGUCCAGCUUAUUUUCAAAAAUUGUGCAACAUAUAAUGCACCUGACUCUGAAGUUGGUAAGAUUGGCAAAAGAGUUGAACAAUUCUUCAAUGAUCUUAUACAAAAGUUGCUUCCAAACUAUGCCCAACGAGCCUCUACUCCAGCACCAUCUCCAGGCCCAUCUGAUACAGAAUCGACAAGUCCAAGACCAAAGAAGCGAAAACAGAAUCCAGACAGUAUCAAACACAUACAUGCAAAAGAAAAAGACAUAUAGUGAUAUUAUAAAUUUAAAGGAAAUGGAACUGUAUCUAAAAAAUUGAAAUACUUGUAAUGACACUCCAGAUAUGAAAUUAUUAUACUGUAUAUAAUAUAAUAUAAUAUAUAUUGACAGGUUUUGCCUGAAACGUUCAAGUGCAAGUGUACCAACAGGCGUAAUAAUACUAGCAGCAAAAUUCUACCCACCAUUCCAAAUAUCAGAAAUUAAGUUCAGUUUAGAUAAGACCCCAUUUAUGGAGUUUAUAUUAUUAAAUGAGUGUUAGUUAUUAAUAGGCAGAUGACUGUACAGGGAUUUACUUGUCACAUUGGGUAGUAGUGUUUUUUUAUUUAAGGACAACUGAAAUAGGUUUUCUCAACUUGCAGCUACAAAAAUGCGGUUUUCUUCAU